AUGGAUUCAAGACGAAACUCGCGUGCAGCAUGGGGCUCUCCACCGCCUGAAUCCCCUUUGGCUCUCCCUCCAGCUCCGAGUGUCUUUCAGCUAUCGAGUCGUCUGGCAGAACCAGCUCACCCUUCGAAACCAGGUGAGACCUGCACCCCCUCUACUAUCGCAGGGAAUCCUGACCUAUCGUCCUCCAAAGAUACCGAAAAGGAAGAACUGCGCGUUCAGGUAAACACGUUAAAGUAUGAACUCGAGAACUUCAAGCAGGAGCGAGAUUUGAUGGUAUUGCGCCAUGAGAAAGAGCUGCGGGAAUUGCAAUUGAAGGCAGAUGCGGAUUUCCGCAAAGCUCAGGUAGCAGAAUCGUCCAGUCACCGUGCCAGCCGCAAGAGCGAAACCCUUGCGAAAGAAUUGAAAGAGGCUCAAGACGCCGCACUCACUGAGAAAGCGGAGCUGGAGCGAAGACUUCGGACUCUCCAAGACCAGAACCAGUCCCUGCAGGAAGAUGUCGACGAUACCAAAGCGCAACUGCUCGACCAGGAACGACAGUCCAAAUAUCAGGUCAACGAGCUGGAAACGAUCCGGUCAUCGCUUCAAAAAACACUCGAGGAGCUGCAGAACGAUCUGCAGACUGUACGAAGUGAUAUGAAUACCACGCAAGCAAGGUUACAGGAACGAGAAACGGAAGUCGCACACCUGGAAUCGGAGAAUCUCCGGCUGAAGGCUGAAGGCAGCGACACGGAGGCACUGUCUGUUCUCAAGCGGGAGCUGUCGGACCAGGUCAACCACAUCAGAAACUUGGAGACUACAAAUCGUGAACAGACGAUCGAGCUACGUCACCUCCGUAAGGUGCAGAAGAAUGUGGAGGUGGUAGAGGAGCAGAAGCGAUCGUUGGAAAAUCAGCUACAACUCAUGAAGGGCGUGGAGUCUGAGCUAGGGACUGUUCAGAUCCAGAUGCAGAUACUCGAAGACGAGCGAAGGUCCUGGACUAGUCUCCUACAGGGUAACGACCAACCGGCUGAGCUUGACUCUCCGGAAUCGGUUGUCAAAGCUUUGCUACAGGAACGGAUCGAAAAAGCCACCCUUGUCGACAAGCUGGGCAGCAUUGAGGCCGAAUCCCUGGAGAAGGAGGAACAGAUUCGAAGCCUGGAAGCCGAAAAGACCACCCUGCGGAAGGAACUCGAGACUGUUCGCGCUACCGCCUCUGCAGCCGGCGGAGCCACCUCAGACAGCCGUGCUAAGGCCCGCCUUGAGAGGCAGCGCACCCUCGCCAUCAAAGAGGUCGAAUAUCUCCGCGCCCAGUUGAAGACCUUUGACACCGAAGAGGAGACCAUGAAUGCCGAAGAGAGCCAGUUCGACCAGCAGAAAUCCGAGCAAAUCGCCACACUGGAAAAGCUUGUCGACGAGUACAGAGCCGAACUGGCCAAGGUUCACGAGGAGCUCUCCCAGCGUGAAUCGGCGGCAACGCAGCAGCAGCAGCAGCAAGACGAGCCUCGCGGCGUCAAGCGCCCCCUCUCACCAGCCGAAAGCGACGCCGAGAGCGAACGGCUGUCCAUCCUGUUCCGCAAGAACCGCAGCCUGCAGGACACGCUCACAAAAUCCGAGCAGGCCACGACCCUCCUGCGCAAAGAGCUGGAGGCCGCCAAAUCGCAGCUGCGAUCUCUCAAGGCCAAGUCGCGCACGCGCAUCCUCGAACUGCGCGACAACCCUACCGCCGAGGCCGAGAACCUGAAGAUGUCGACCCUGCGCAUCCUGAAAGCCGAGAACCAGGAUCUGCUAGCGCAGCUCCGCGGUGGCGGCAACAACAACAAUGCAGAAAUCAAAGUCGUCCCCGUCAGCGCCCUCGAGAGCAUGAAGCUCGACAUCCAGGACAUGGAGCGGGCCGUCGCCGACAAGGAGAAGCGCAUGCGCCGCCUGAAGGAGAUCUGGACCGCCAAGUCCUCCGAGUUCCGCGAGGCGGUCGCCUCCCUCCUCGGCUUCAAGCUGGACUUCCUCCCCAACGGCCGCGUGCGCGUGACCUCCAUGUUCCAUCUUUCCGCGGCGUACCGGCACGGUGACCGGGAUAGUGGUGGCUCGUCAUCGGACGCGCAGGGACCCGGCAGCAUGGGCAACGGCGAGGAGAACUCGAUCAUCUUCGACGGCGAGAAUGGGACCAUGAAGAUCUCCGGGGGUCCCAACAGCCUCUUCGCGAUGGAGAUCCGUCCCCUGGUCAAAUUCUGGGUCGAAGAGCGCAAGGAUAUCCCCUGCUUUCUGGCGGCCAUGACCCUGGAUUUUUACGAUAAAACGACCAGGGCGGCGCGGAUGUAG